AUGGUGACUACUGUCACAGCUGCAAGAGAAGUAGGAGAAGAAGGAGAAGAUGUGGCAAUGAGAGCAGUGCUUCUGCAGCUCAGUAAUGCUGCUGUCUUCAUCUUCAACCUGGCUUUCUUGACAGUCACAGAGACCGCUGCUGCACCAUGA